AUGAUGGAGAUAUCCAAUCUUCCAGGGGAUUUGUUGGAGGAGAUUUUCUCUAGGGUUCCGUUGGAAUCUAUGAAAGAAGUACGAUUGACUUGCAAAACGUGGAACACUUUAACCAAAGGUCGGUACUUUCCAAAGAAGCUCCUUGCUCAAGCAAAAGCAGCAAGGGAGUUUAUGGCGGUCAUGGUGUUAGAUUCUAAGGUUUGUUUAAUGAGCAUCAAUCUCCAUAAGGAAGAAGACGUUGAAUCAUCUAUAAAGUGUAAAGGCAAACUUAUGAAACGAAUCGACGUGUCUCAUACGUAUCAUUGCGGAGGUUUAUUGCUAUGCAUCCCAAGAGGCUCGAAUCCGCCUGUGGUUUUGAAUCCGUAUUUGGGGAAAACUCGAUGGAUUUUUACGAUAAAUUUUCGUACCUCGUACGCUAUUGGAUACGAGACGAGAAAUUCGUACCGCAGCUACAAAAUUCUGAGUUUUGUAAGUAAUUAUGGUCUUUAUGGUAAACUUGUUAAGCACGAAAUCUAUGAUUUAGAUUCAUGGCGUCCAUGGAGGGCUCUUGAUGUCAGUUCCGAAUGGGAACCAGACUUUUGUAGAGGUGGUGUCUCUGUUAAAGGAAAUACUUAUUGGUAUGCUCAUCCAAAAGGAGAGAUGGGUGAAUCUUUGAUCUGUUUUGAUUUUACAAGAGAGAUAUUUAUACCUAAUCUGCCUCUGCCUUGCCACUCUAAUGAUCAUGGGCGUUAUAUUGUGCGCCUCUCUAGUGUUGGAGAAGAGAAACUCGCCGUGUUAUUUCAGCGCACGGAUAUAUCAAGGAUGGAGAUAUGGAUUACUGAUAAGACUGAGCCCAAUGAUGUUUCUUGGAGGAUGUUGUUCGUUUCAGUGAACACGGCACCACUCAAUCGUGUUCAGUCUGAACUUAGAGAUGGGGGUUUCUUGGUCGACGAGGAAGAGAAAGCUGCAGUGUUUUUUUAUAGAGAUACAAGUCGCAACAAAGCUUGCAUCAUUGGAGAGGAUGAAUACUUGAGAGAAGUUGAUCGCUGGGAAUCUACAGAAAAAUAUUUCGAUUUGGGGUCUCUUAUGUUCCAAGUUUAG